CCACCAUUUAUGUGGGCCAUUCAUUAGCACGACCAAUUAUGGAUUACGCAUGUUGUGAAAUUUUUGCCCUUUGUUCCUUGUCUGGAAUACAUAGCUUACAUUUCGUCGGAGCAAGGGGCCUCAUGCACCGCACUAGAGCCAAAUUUGCGGGUCAAGCAAUUACUUUACCCAAAGCCCCAGACGCUGGAGGUGUUGGCACCGCCUCUACGCAUUUUGUAGAGGUAUCCCCCGUUUUUCACCAUCCUGAGUAUGUUCAAAUUAUGCCGCGCUCCGAUCCUUUGUCUGCCUCGUGUUCAGCGAUCGGUCGGGUGUCGGGCAGAAGCCCGAAUUCAUAUCAUUUUCUCGGACAGGAGCUAUGCAUGAAAAGCAGGAAUCCCCUCUUCCUUUUUAUGUUGAAAAUUCUCCGUGUCCAUCGCUACGCAUGUGCCGGUCUUGUAUUCAUUCACCAAAAGGGGGGUGGAGACUCAUGGCCAGAUGGCGUGCGUGCACGCAUAUGCUUCCCUCUUCCUAUGUUUGGGCUUCGCGCUUCGCGGUAAAAAAAAAAACCUUUCCAGCUGCUCCUCUCCGGUGCAAGCAGCUUCAAGAUGCGAUCAGAAAAACUAGAGGCGAUAUAUAAAGAGUUGUGCAAAUCCCGUCACUCACUUUUACCCACUUGUUCCCCUUCUGUUGCCAUUCGCCCCAACUCCUCUUUGCGGUAAAAGGCGUGUCCAAACGCAUAUCAGCAGUGUCCUCACUCACGGCGCCCUUUCGCUAA